AUUGAAAACUGUGGGGUCCACCCCACCACCUCAUUUACGUUGAUAAAUUCAAACAGUUGGACUGAAUUUCUUCACACUGCAAGGAGAGGUUCUUCCCAAAACACCUCUCUUGAGUGAAAAUUCCACCAGAGAUGAUCGGAAAAACAGCUCUCUCGGAGGAUUUCACAUUCCCUGCAAUCACAGAUCAAAAUUCUCUCUACCACCGUCGAUUCUCGGGUCCUGUCUCUUCCUUGUGGUACGUUCCUUCCACGUUUUCGGAUCAAUCAAAGCCGUCCAAUGAAUGUGAUUUUGACUUCGAUCGAGAGACCCAUCAAAGACGAAGCUUCUCUUUCUUGGAAGGUGGAACGAGAGCCAUUGAUCUGCCGAGAGAGCUUGAAUUCUUAUACGACGGCCGUUCGGAAACAGAGUUCGACGUUGAAGAGGAGAAAAUGGAUAUGCUGUGGGAGGAUUUCAACAUCAAUGACGAGUUGCGUCGGGCUUGUUUGGAUCGGAAAGAGGCCAAUUGUUCAAAAGGGGUGUUCUUGGAUCCAUCAAUCUGCCCAGAAUCGAAUGCGGAUAGAGCGGAGAUGGCGGAAUUUUGCUGUGUGAAGGCAUUGAAGAUGUCGAAAAGCAGCAGACCAGGCUUGUUUGUGAUGCUAAAGGUCUUGAAGAAGCUCUUCCUGCUUCAAAACUCUCAGUGUCCCAAGAGGACAUCACACCACUACCAUUCAAGACGAUGAUCGGGCCCAAUCGUUUAGAUGGGCCACACCUGCACAUUGUGUCAGAUCGAUUGGUUCCAUUGAUUUCGAUGGCGUGGACUGGCCUAGCCUUCGCCCCAGGUGAUCUUCAUGGUAAAUUCGAGAGCGAUUAAAGCAAGGAGUUUAAUACUCAAAAUAUUACCAAGGGAAGAUUUAAAGAUUUGGAGGCGAUUAAUGAAGAAUUCACAUCCAAAGAUCCAAGAAAACCAAGUACACAUGAGGAAGAAAAGAUUGAAAAAAUCACAAGUCCAAUAGCAGAAAACAGAACAUUCGGUCCGACUGAAAGUGCACAAAGCAGUCGAGCGAAAAUUGUAAUUUUCAAAAGUUAAUUCGGCUGUAACCGAAGAUGACUUUGGUGCGACCGAAGGUCAUGAUCGAUGCGACCGAAGGGACGUUCGGUGCGACCGAAGGAAGAUAGAGAGUCCAGAUGCAAAUCGAGUUAAUUUGGCUGCAAUCGAGGGUUAAUUCGAUACGAAUGAAGGUCGUGUUUGAUGCGACCGAAGUCGAUUGGUUGCAGCUGAAGCAUAACUAAAGUGCGUAAAUUGAGGCAGUUUCAAAGUCGAUUCGAGCAAAGCUUAUAAAUAGGAAUCGUUUAGGAUUUUUUUAAUUCGUUUUGGAGGAGAUGGGAAGCAUCAGCAAGGUGUGUAGCCACAAGGAGCUUUUCAUUCUAUUCAAUCCAUCGGUUUGAGUAAAUUUUCAUGCUUUAUUUGAGAGUUUGAGUUUAAUCAUGUAUUUGGUUGGCUGAAUCUUUUAAUUAGAGCUAAGAGGUGAAGCUUGUCGUUGUUUUAAUGUUUAUGUUGCUUUGAUUCAAGAUUUGAGAUUUGUAUGUUGAACAAUUCAUAAAUUUUGGGCUGAAUGAAUAAGUAUUUUCAGUUUUUUUUUGAUCAA